CGCGGCGCCUGUGGCGGCUGGAGACGCGAUGGACGCGCGGACGCCUGACUCUGCGGCGAAGCUGCUGGGCGAAGCCGCAGAAAAUCUAUUCCAAGAACUUCAAGAGCAUUUCCAAGGUCUGACUGCAGCAUUGAACCUCAGCAUGGCAGAAAUGGGAACUCGCAUCGACGCGUUACUGAAGAAUGUAAGUGACCUGAUGAUGCAGGCUGGGAUCGAAAGCCCCAUAAAGAACCCACCACCUGACGACGUGAGACCAGUCAUAUGAGAAUGGGAUCAAUGAAAACGGUUCUUUCUGGUCCUCUAUGUAAUAUGGCUGAUUUUCAGUACCUGAAAUAAUCAUAUUAGUGACACAUAAGAUUAAAAGAACAAAGGAAAUGCAGAGGGGCCUCGUCAUUCUUCGAACCACAUAAGGCCAUGAACAAAGAAUGUUUCCCAGGCUCACCUGGGCCCCAUCCCCGGUAAACACAGCACACUUGGCCUCUCUACAUUCAUUGGCCUAGAGUUCAUGGAAGUGGGAUCAGACAGUUAUUUGUCCUUUUGAGGCUGACUGUAUCCAGCAUGUUUCCAAGGCUCAUCCAUGUUGUAGCAUGUAUCGACUUCAUUCCCUGUAUGGUUCAUCCAUGUUGUAGCAUGUAUUGACUUCAUUCCCUGUAUGGCUGGGCAAUGGACAUGCCCCAUUUUGCUUCUGGCCUGCCUGAGAACUGGGCGACCAAGAGCCGAGGGCGGAUUAGUGCCCCUGCGCCACUACUGCUAUUCCUGUCUCAGUCGCCGCUCAGCUGGCCCGUCCUUCAGAGGAGGACUUAAAACAGACCUUUUCAUCCGGAGAGAACAUUUAAAGGUAUCAUCAAUGCCAGCAAGAGGCUCUUCAAUUUAACUGCCCUACAGGACUUGCGAAGAUGACAACCCUCAAGGAGACGGACUGACCCCGCAGCUCCGACCACAGGCUCACACAAACAACAGUUGUCGGGAGGCGCAGACGGGCAGUGCAGCAUUCUGUUGUGAGGCUGUGGUGAGCUGGUACUUCGCAACACUAGAACUCAGAAGAAGCCCCCAAAUUCUAGGUGUGAACGCUUGUAAAUACUGAUAAUAACCCAAAACAAUAUUGCACGAAGUAACUUUUUUUCAUUAACUGCAUGUUCUUUAGAGAGUUCGUAAAACCAGAAAAAUUAAAGGAAAUAAAACUAUCUCUACCACACCCAGAGGCAACUGAUACAUCAAAUACAUCCAGUGUUCUAAUCUAUGCCUUUGAAGCUUGACGCUUUCUGAGCAGGUCCACAAAUGUAUCUGCAAAAACACAUUCAUUUUCCAAA